AUGCAAGCUAGAGUGAGUCGAGGAUGGAAAUCGUAUAAAUAAAAGGUUUUCUUCCAGAGAACUCGGACCUCCCAACCGAUUGCGCAAGCCGCCAGGUUCCAACGUCCAGUGCAGAAGGAGAAUUCGGAGGUUUUGAUCUAGGGAAAGAAUAAUAUCCGAAAAAGGGAUUUUUCUAUCAGUUUAGAGUUAUUUCAAAGAAAUGUCAACAAAAUUAGUAAUCAGUCAUAUUUUCAGCCGUUGCGCUCGUUGACGACGCGCCAAAAUGGCGUCCAGCUAAACCGAGUCAUUGGAAGAAAUGAGAAACAGGCUCAAAUCGCCGUGAUUCGUCCAAUCGAAAAGGAGGUGAUUGGAUAGGAGACUUUCAGGCAAACGAACAUUGUAUAAUAGACUAAAUAUUAAAAAGCGUUGGUUUUUUGAACAAUAAUUGUUAAGUGAACCCAAAAAAAUUUUUAAAAAAUCAGAACAAAGUAAUUUUUCAUUUUGAACUGUUUGGGUAGAAAGUUUGUUUUUAUUUUAUUCAGAGCGGCUCUUUGAGAGAGAAAACUUGUUUCGUUAAGAAAAAAGCUUUUUUUAAGCUGUAGAUCAUUCAACAGUUUACUUAAUAACUAGAUAAAGAAGUUUUGCACCGCUAAAUGGUUCAAAAUUGAUUUAAAAUAUUCUAUUUUUAUUUCCAGACGAUCCUGCGUCCAGACAUCAAAGGCAGCGAUCGAGAGCUUCUAUGUGCCGAUUUCCACGACCAGUCCUACCAGUACCUGCUCCGCCGCGAAAAUUUCUUCCAAAUCAGCCCCGAUUUCCUGGCCGGCUGUGAGGUGACCCCCAAGAUGCGCAGUAUUCUCGUUGAUUGGCUUGUUCAGGUGAUUGUUCGGAAAAUUGAAGUAAAAACGAAAAUUUUCAGGUGUCUAGCCGCUUCCAGUUGGUACAGGAGACGUUGCACCUGACGGUGUACAUUUUGGACCGGAUGCUCGCCACGAAGACGAUUGGAAAAGACGAGCUCCAGCUCGUAGGAAUAACGGCUAUGUUAGUGAGAAGAAAAAGAGAAUAGCCGCGCGUGUAUUUAUAUGAUAAUUAUCAUGUGGAAAUUGAUUAUUUUUCGGAUUUCGUUGUAGAAUGAUUGGAAGAUAUUUGGUGCUUUUGAAUUGAUGAAAAUUUUAAUUUGGCAGCGCCCAAAUAGUGAGUUUUAGUUGAGAUUUGGCAGCACCUGGCAAGUCGUUUAGUUGACAAAAAAGGCCCCUCACAGGAAAUAUUUCACAGAAAGUUCCUUUUUUCGCAUGCCUUGAAAAUGAACAAUGAUUUUUUCAUUGAGUCUUGAACGAUUCAUUUUCGAACAAGGCCUUUUCAAAAAUUCAUUGUGAAACAUGAAGUUUUUGUUUCAUUGUAUCAUGGAAGAAGAAUGGAAAAAAAACUGGCUUGCCGAAAUUUCGACGACUUUUUCUUCAAUUUUAUGGCUCACAGGAAGUAAAAAUUGGUAAAUUUCUUCGAAAAACGAAAAAAAAAAACACUGAAAACAGCUUUUCGCCUUGAAAAGUUUAGGAAAUCAGCCAAUGCGCCUUUAAAAAGCAGUUUAAGGCAGUUUAUGCCGAAAAUAAGAUUCUUCAUUGAUGAAUUUUUUUUUAACAAUAUGGAAGGUUUACUUUUAAGUUCAUUUUUGCAUAAAUUUGCAGAGUUUUCAGUUUAACACUCAAGGUUAAUAGUUGAUUGGAAUUAUUUUUGAUGUAAUUCGUUCGUUUUUUUUUUGCUGUAUUAUUCUACAGGAAAUUAAAUUGAAUGUAGCGGUUUAAAACGAUUUUUUUUUCUAUGGGAAAUUGAAAGUAUAGCCCGUUCACGGCUGGCUUGAGACAGCGAAGGUAGAUCAUGGCGGUCAUACAUGCGCCUUUAAUAAGAGCCUCAUUUGGUGAAUUGUUUCUGUUUCUAUUGACUUUAGUUUUUCUUAACAUUCAUCUCAUUGGUUUUUAGACUUUCUUAAAAUCGAUAAAAUACAAAAUAAAAAUAAAUAAGUCAUAAAAUUGGGCUUUUAUGGAAGGCGCAUCGAUAGUUGCCAUGAUCUACCUUCGCCGCGAAAAAAAAACCGCCCGUUCGCUGUCAGCCGUGAACGGGCUAUAGUGAUAGAACACGAUAGAAAAUCAAACGAACUAAUCGAUUAAAUGUGUAUAUCGCGCACAAUUUGAGCUUUGAAAACCUUCUUGAACUUUUCAGGCUGGUCGCUGCCAAGUUUGAGGAGAUCUUCUCGCCGGACAUGGGCGACUAUGAAUUUAUCACGGACAACACCUACAACCGCAAGCAGAUUAUUCGGAUGGAGCUGCGCGUUUUGGACACGAUUGGGUUAUUGAAAUUCAAAAAACGCGAUGGAAAACAAUAUUUCUUGUUCAGCUUCCAGCUGACGCGUCCAUGCUCGCUGCAGUUUUUGCGCUGGUUCUCGCGGGAGCUUCAGGCGGAAGGCAUCAUCAACGACGAGGACUACAACUACGUGCACGUGAUGGCCAAGUAUCUGGGCGAGGUGCGGAUGUGUGGAAAAGCUGUUCUUUGGAAGCUUUUCUCAAGAAAAUGUGGAUUUUUUAGGAUUGAAAUUUUUUUUUAUCGUUGAAAGGUAUUUGGACUGUUUCAAAAGGUUAAAGUUUUUAUGAAAAGUAUUCAGAAAAAUUAAUCGAAAAUAAGUAAUUUGAACACGUUUUUGGAAGUUGAAAUUCCAUCUAAAUUUUCAUUUCCGAGAAAUUUUCCAUGCAUCUUUUUCUGUGAACACACAAGCUCGGGAAAAUUCAGACUUUUUUUUUUCAUUUUUUACAAUAUUUUUAAUUCCGUUGGCGGUUUACCUUUAACCCUCAGAAUAUUGGCUUCUCGGAUUUUCAUUUCGUUUUGAAAGACUUUAGGCAAGCUUUUUUUGUUGGUCAUCACUAAAAAAUCGCGUCAUUGUAGUCGAACACGCGUUUUCUCUGCGUCUAUCUUUUUCUACAUAUCUUUUAAUUAUGGCCAAGAAAGUGCUGGGAAAGAAGGUGGUGAAAAGAGAAGGCUAUCAAGAACGCGGAAUUAGUUUUUACAGAAAAAUUUUAAAAAGUAUUUUUGUGCAGGUGGCGCUGCUCGACGCGUCGAUGACGCACAUCAAACCGUCGCGGAUCGCUAUUGCUGGCAUCGUCAUCGGACUGAAGCUUCGCGCCGUCGACAUUGAGAUUAGCGAGCGUCUGCUCUUGUAAGGAAAAGAAAAUAAGCCUAAAAAUGCGUAAUUACGGUAGAUUUCGCUAGGGGACCCUUUUUUGCGCUGAGCUCUAUGCUUGUUGUUGAAUUCUUAGGAGCUUUUUCUUAGUUACUCAAAGCUCUGUAUUAGAAAAAGCUGAAUGGACCCUGUAAGUGGCCUCUUCAUCAAUUGAGCCUCAAAUCCUAUUUUCGUUUUGAGGUUUUUGUGAUCUACUGGAGUUAGUUUUAAGACCUUUGAUUUCAUUUUUAUACGCUGAAUUUUUUAUUCCAGCAAGGCGAUGCAGAUGGUGAAGGUUUCGAUUGAGGAGGUGAAGGCGGUCGUCGGCAUGCUGGCCUUUGUGGCUCUCAAGCCGACCUAUCGCUCCAGAUUGGUCGCCAUCAAGGUAAUGAAGAGCGCGUUAGAGCUUGUCCUUUUCUGCCAAAAGUACCGUAUAUCAAAAUAGAUCAAGUUCGACUUGAAUUCGCUUCAAGACCUAGUUUCUUGCUGUCCCUUUUGCAGUUUAUAGAGUGAAAAUUGAUUUUUCUAGCUUUUUUUCUGACUUAAAAGGGGACCGUCUAGCAAGGAAAUCGUAUACUAAACAGACUUUUUGUGUAUUUUUAUCGAUUUUUCCAAAUUUUACGGGUUGUCUUGACAAACACAAGAUUGGUCAAUCAGGGGGGUUUUUUUUUAAAAGGACCAUUAAAAAAAAGACACGGCCAGCCUUCUGCACUGUGGCGAAGCUUUGAGAUACGACUAUCCAGUACAAUAUUGAGAAAAUCAUCUAGGACUAGGACCUCGGUAACGAAAACCGUGCUUGGACUUUUUUGAGCGUUUCUAUGGUCCUUUUUCGGACGUCUCUGCGCUCUCCUCGUCUCUCGACGACCCUCUCUAGUUGACGCGCUGUUUUCGCGUUUCUCUGACCUGCCGGUGAGGGAACAGAGAGACGCAGAGAAUUUCCAAGUUGCGGCGGACGUACUAGAGUUAUCCCUUAAGCGACGUCAGCGACCUUAAGUGAUCCCUAGAAUUGCUCAGAAACGUUCGGUUAUCUUUACGGAAUACAUUCACCCUUACGACGCUCCAGACGUGAUUAUCGAAAUAGUGCGCUUUAAGUGGAGGCUUUGACGUGAAUUUUGCUCCAAGCUAGCAGAAAGGAGUAUGAUUAUAGCUGAUUCACGGCUGCUGGCUUGAGCCAUUUAGAAAAGGGCUCUGCCACGAAAAGAGACGAGACAGCGCCUGGUUAGUGGAGAGUGCAGAAAGGCCACGCCUUUUUGCAUCCCAAGCUAGCCGUGAAUCGUCUAUAGUUGACUAAACGAACUCCUCACCUCAAUUUGCCGUGUUGCAGCAAAAGUUUGCGUCGUCGCGACUGCACAGCGUGUCGUCGUGGAGCGAGGAGAUGAUGAAGGUUGCCGAGGAGACGACGCGCAUCUGA